CGAUUUUCCGUAUCGCGAAAGAGAAGGACUAGGGUGAGCGAGUGCUGCUGAAUCUUGAAGCCGGAGUUAUUGCGAUGGAAAAGGUUUGGUGUUGUCGGCUUCGGUUCCGGUCUAGCGCAACGGGGCGUUCCAUGCGUCAUCAAUUAGAGGCGCCACUUUACUGCAGUCAUGAUUGUUUAUGAAUAAAACACCCCGAGUACUCCUGCUCAUUUCAUUUUCAUUUCUACAGACCGCGUUGCAUCAUCCCCUAGAAUCAUAAUGUUCAGUUCAAAUGAUGGCUCCUGGCCACACUCUCACUACGACCUAUUAGCAUAUUAUUACGAAAAACAUGCACAACGAAUCGCAUCUGGCGAGUAUAAACCCUUCACCUACCCCUGGGGGGCAUUAGGCGCCUUUGGUGUAAUCAUAUACAUGCUCAUCCCCCACCAAAAUAGACCAUGGCUUCGAAAAUGUCGGUUCUUGGCCUUUGCGUGGAUCGCCGGCUUCGCAGCAUAUUCCAUUAUAUACACAAGAGCUAGGGGAAUGGCACCUGGGUUGGGCGUUGGAUUACUCAAUGCAUGGAGUGUUGUGUGGAUGAGCGCGAUUCUAGUAUGCAACGAUGCACAGACGGAUUUCCAGCGUAUUGAGAGGACCGAAGGCGCGUUUGGAAGUGCUCAAGAGAAAGAGAAGGUAAAGACGGACAGGAGUAUAGAACAAAACAACCAUACGCCUUCGAAGCCUACAACUGAGCAGACGGACUCGGCCAAUGCCAGAGGAACACUCGGCCCCCGCCACCGUCAUGGCGAGUUUGCAUGGCAGUCCUAUCCCCUAUCCCCCUUCAUCGAGCGUCUCGACUUCAUUCUCGACAUAUUCUGCAACUUUCGCGGCGCAGGCUGGAACUGGCGCCCUUCCGCUCUCCCGCCCCCACCAAAAUGGUUGCAAGAACAACUCCAGCGAAACUCACCCAACCCGCCAAAGCACUCCUACCGCGUGCACCCAGGGCAAGUGAAAAGCUACUCCACACGCCGCGAGCUCCUAAUAGCGAACGCAAAGACAGCCAUCACAGGCUACCUAGCCAUGGACGCAAUCAAGACCUUCGUAAUGCAUGAUCCCUACUUUUGGGGCGUCAUGGACCGCGCUCCACCCUCUUACUUCCCUAUUUUUAUCACAUAUCACCCAGUGCUAGUCGACACCUACCGUGUCCUGGUCUCCAUGCUCGCCGUAAAAUUCGCCCUGCAGUCCCUCUUCGCGCUUGCGCCGCUCCUUUUCUCUGGCCUCGUCGGCCCCUCGCUCAUCGGCGCCCGUGCAGAACCCUGGAUCUAUCCCGAAGCCUGGGGUUCGUAUGAUUCUGUUUUCGAGCGCGGGCUGGCCGGGUGGUGGAGCAGCUGGUGGCACCAAACAUUCCGGUUUGCAUUCGAGGCCCCAAGCCGCAGGAUCAUUGAGAAGCUGGGCAUGGAUCGUAAGAGCCCCGUAGCAAAGGUCUUACAACUGCUGGUCGCGUUUGGACUCAGUGGCGUGCUGCAUGCGUGCGGUACAUACACUUGCCCCGGCGACACGAAGCCCAUGCAACCCUUGGCCUUCUUCUUGCUGCAGGCUGUGGGCAUUUUUGCGGAGGUGGGCAUUUCGCAAGCUCUGAGGGCUACUGGCGUUCAGCGAUACGUGCCGAAGUGGUUGAUGCAGGCGUUUACAUUCGCGUAUGUGCAUGUGUGGUUUUACUACACGGCGCAUUUGUUGUGCGAUGAUUUUGCGAGAGGCGGGGUUUGGCUGUUUGAGCCGGUUCCGGUUUCGCUGUUUAGGGGACUGGGGUUUGGCGCUGAUGCUAGGGACGGGUGGUGGUGUUGGGGGGAUUCUUCGAUAGUGAGUUGGUACAGUGGGGGUUGGAGGACUGGUAUCGCGUUUUGAGAGGCAUAGAAAUGACAGUAUGACGUGUGCUGCAUAGCGGGGCGUCGAGAUGUGUUUGGAAGUUUCCAUAAUCGAGCGAUAGACAAAGUAGAUGAUGUGUUCACAGAAGACAUCGAUAGACCUCAGACGGUACCAACAUCUCACAUUAUUAUUAUUCAGUUAAUCCAACUCUUUUGCUCCCAUGCGCCGUGUUCUAAAUGAGGCAAUAGCCUGUUUUCCCAAAUAUCCUCAUGCAGCGAGCGAGUCGAAGAAUAUAUACAAAUGCAAGCCGUCGAAUUGCCAACGUAGUCUCCCAGCAAAUGAUGUGCUAACCCGCUAACCAACCCCCAUUUCAUGAAGCGUCAUCCCAACAUCAAUCGGUGUAUUCAACGGACCUUCUUAGGCUCGUCAGGCAGGUAGUUGCGGUCGUCCUUGCCUUCGACUUCUACAACCAUCUUGUCCACGGCCUCGGCUUGCUUCUUCCACUCGUUCUGGCACAUC